AUGGCGUUCCUCCGUCUUAUCCCUGACGAACGCGGACCGCUCCUAGUAGUGUGCGCCAACACCGAGACUUGUACACAAGCACAAGAUGUCGGGCCACAAUCCAAGCCCAAAUCUCCCGCAACCAAUCUCACCAGCGAUAAGUCCGGCUGCAAAUUCCUCGAGUUGACGCCUGCACCAAGAUGUCAGUCCAAGCAGCCCAACCAACACAGCCAAGAGUUAAACCGAGAGUGA